AUGUCCGCUACUGAAAUACUCCUAGCUGUAAACCAGACGGCACUGAAGCAUUUUAUUCUACUUGAUCUUUCGAAGGAUUGGGUCUCUGCCUGCUUUAUGUUUUUUUGCAUCUACAUCAUGAUACUUAUAGGCAAUAUCUGCAUUUUCACCAUCAUAAGGAUUGAUUCCAAUCUGCACACGCCAAUGUAUUUCUUCUUAAGUAACCUUUCGCUUCUGGAUAUCUGCUAUUCAUCCGUCACGCUGCCGGUUAUGUUAUUCAACUGCCUUUCCAGGAACAGAAGAAUUUCUUUUAAUAAAUGUAUCGUUCAGCUGUAUUUAUUUGUGUCGUUAGGGGGUGCCGAGUGCAUUUUGUUGGCGGUGAUGGCUUAUGACCGCUUUGUGGCUAUAUGCAACCCGUUGCGCUAUACAAUGGUAAUGAGCAGCCAUAUCUGCGUCAGCCUGGCCGCGGCUUCCUGGCUCAGUGGCUUUUUAAACUCUGUUCUCCAUACAAUCAUGACAUCUAAUCUCUCAUUUUGUAGGCCCGAUCAGGAAAUUCGUCAUUUCUUCUGUGACAUACCACCACUUAUACAGGCAGCCUGCAACCCCACACAAACCAGCAAAAUAUUGUUGUAUGUUGUUAGUGUUUUUCUAGGAAUAAGCCCCUUCCUUUACAUUGUCAUAUCGUAUUUUCAUAUUAUCUCUACGAUCAUGAAAAUAAGCUCGGCGGAUGGGAGGUGGAAGGCGUUCUCCACCUGUUCUUCUCAUCUGAUUGUGGUGACUAUGUUCUAUGGAACGGCCAACUUAAAUUAUGUGGGUCCAACCUCGGCUUCUGCACUGGAAGUCGAGCAAUUAUGUUCCCUUUUGUACAGCACUUUAACCCCUCUUUUGAACCCAGUUAUAUACUGUCUAAGGAACAAAGAAGUAAAGGGGGCCCUGAGGAAAACAUUCAGAAGAGUAUAUAUUGGGACAUAUAAGUAA